AGUAACAAAUUCUAAAUAAAGUUUAAAAUCAGAAGAAAAAAAUAUACAAAUAUAAAAUCAAUAAGGCGAAAAUAUAGAUGUUUUUAAUAUAGAGGAAAAAAAUCAAAGAUGCUAGAUAUUUUAAAAAUUAUUAGAAAAUAAUGUAAUUAGCUUUAUAAUUACAGUAAUAACAAUAUAUGCUUUAUUUGGAGAUGAUAUAAGAAUUUUAGCAUUUGAUAAAGUUAAUAUAAAAAAAAAUAUAAAAUAAAAAAAAUAAAAAGGAUUAAGAUAUGAUAUUUGAUUAUAUCAAUAUAAUAUCAUUAGCUAUAUUUGUUUUAGAAAUUGUUUUUAGUGUAUUCGCAAAACCAGGAUAUUAGUUUUCUUUUUUUUUUGGUUAGACAUUAUUUCAACGGCUUCUUUAUUAUUAGAUAUUUAAUUAAUUAAUUCAUUUAUUUUUAAUUCAAAAGCUGCUAGUACUGCAUCAUUAGCAAGAGCAGGAAGAGCUUCGAGAAUAGGGACUAAGGCUGGUAGAGUUGUAAGGCUUGUUCGACUUAUUAGAAUUAUUAAAUUAUAUAAAGCUACAUAAGAUUAAAAUAAAUCCUUAGAUGAAUCAGAAGAAUCUUAAUUAACUAAAAAGAAGAAAAAAAUAUAACAAAAAUAUUUGAUUUCUUAAAUUAGUGGUGUUGUAAAAUAAGAUGAUCCUUUAUAAACAUAAACUCUAGUUUAAAAAGAUAUUAGUAAAAAUUACAAUAAUAUUAUUAUUAUAUAUUUUUUAUAAUUUCAUAUCAUAAAAAAAAAAUUAGAAUUAUAAAUUACUUUAUAAAAUAUAAAUAUUUUUUUAAUAUUUAAUAAAUAAAAAAAUAAUAAGAAAAACGAAUAAAAUAUAAAAGAAUCUCGAGUAAGUAAAAGACUUUCAGAUUUAACAACAAAACGCGUAAUAAUAAUAGUUUUGUUAUUAUUAUUUACAAUGCCUUUAUUAUCUUCUGAUUAUUUUUUCGAUUUACCUUCUUCUUUAGAAUUUUAAGUUGAUCAAUUUGCCGUACUAAUAUAUGAUGAAAAAUCUACUCAUGAAGAUAUUAAACAAACAUUUAUCGGAGUCAUUAAUGUUCUAAAAGAUUCUGAAAACCCUAUUAUUUAUUUAUAAACACCUUUUAAUUUUAUUGAAAAAUUCGAAGAUCCUGUUUUUGAAACUUUAAGGGAAAAUGAAAAAACUCCAUAUGCAUUAUCUUUGGAUAUUCAAAGUUACCAAAAAAGCCAUCCAUGGGAUCUUCCUACGAUAGAAUAUUUAAAAAGCUAGAAUGAAGAUAGUUUAUAAUUUGAAGCUUUUUUAAAUGCCAGGAGUACUUCAUUUUUAACUGCAGCGCUUUCUUUAGGAAGAACAAUUUUUGUUUGCUUGCUUUUAACAAUGGCAGCACUUUUUUUUUCAAAAGAUGCUGAUGAUUUAGCUUUAAGGCCGAUUGAAAGAAUGAUUAAUAAAGUAAAUUCAAUCGCCAAAAAUCCAAUAAGUGCUAGAGAUGAAGAAAUUAUAAAGAAUGAUUAAAUGGAAGAUUAAUAGGAGACUACUAUUAUUGAAAAUGCUAUAAUUAAAAUUGGUACUUUAUUAGCCUUAGGUUUCGGUGAAGCUGGAAGUGAAAUUAUAGGAAGUAAUAUGGUUAAAUUAGGAGAUAUUAACCCAAUGAUUGAAGGUAAAAAAAAUAGUGGGAUUUAUGGAUUCUGUGAUAUUAGAAAUUUUACAGAUGCAACCGAAGUUUUAUAAGUAUUAUAAUUUUAAAAUAAUAAUAUAUAUAUAUAUUUAAUUAAAAUAAAGGAAGAUGUUAUGCUUUUUGUAAAUAAUAUAGGAGAAAUUGUACAUAAAAUGGUUGAUAGAUAUAUGGGUGCUGCUAACAAAAAUAUUGGAGAUGCCUUUUUACUUGUAUGGAAAUUGCCAGAAGAUAAAUAUAUUAUAAAAAGUGAUAAUGAAAUACAUUUCAUAGAUUUAGAAUAAGCAAGUAUGUACGCAGAUUUUGCUCUUAUUUCUUUUAUGAAAAUUCAUGCAAAAUUAUACAGAGAACCUAAAAUCCUUGCUUAUAGACAAGAUAAAAGAUUAAAUAAAAGAAUGCAAAAUUAUAAAGUUAAAAUAGGUUUUGGCUUGCAUAUUGGAUGGAGUAUAGAAGGAGCUAUCGGUUCAGAAUUUAAAAUUGAUGCGUCUUAUUUAUCCCCAAACGUUGGAAUGUCAAAUAGAUUAGAAGCAGCAACAAAGGCUUAUGGGGUUCCUUUAUUAAUUUCAUCGAAUUUAUUUGAUUAACUUUCUGAAAGUAUGAAGAAAUUCGUUAGAUAAGUAGAUUAUGUGACAAUAAGAGGAUAAAUAAAACCUAUUGGAUUUUAUACUAUUGAUAUGAAUAUUGAUGAUAUGCCUAUUUCUAAAGAAUAAAAUUAAAAUAUUAGUAAAAAUGAAAGAAAACUUUUCGAUAUUUUUAAAAAAUAAACAAUUAUUAAUUUUCUUGAACAAAAAUGUUUUCAUGCUGAGACUUAUUUGAGAAAAAAUAAAGAUUUAAGACUUCUUAUUAAAAAAUUCGAUUUCAAUUUCUUUGAUAAAUACAAUACAGCUUUCAAUUAAUAUUUAAUUGGAAACUGGGCUGAUGCUAAAAUUAACUUUUAAGAAUGUUUAUAAUUAAAACCAAAUGAUGUACCUACUUAAAAUAAACUUUAAUUUAUGUAAGAUUUAAAUUUUGAGGCUCCCUAGGAUUGGGAAGGACAUUAUCCUUUUAUUGAUUGAAAUUU